GUGAGCACAUAAGGAGUUAAUAUUCUGCACUUUUCAGCCUCAUUAUUUCUCCUCUGAUUCCGGUUGCGGCCUCGGUGUCCCCGGUGAAUCUUCUCCUCCCGGUGGAGUGAUGUAGCGGAUAUAAAGGAGCGGAGUCCCCCCACAGGUAUCUCUGUCCUCGCCUCCUCCUCCAGGUUCUGUGCCAAAUCCAACCCAACCUCUCCACGGUGUAUAUCACAGAGGUGACUGAUCCUUCUCAGGGAGAAGAAGUCCCCACCUUAAAUCUUCAACGUUCUCCUCAAUGUUCUUAGUCUACCCUGGUGAACGGACUCCUUCAGAUACAGAAAUCCAGAAAGAGGAAAGUUCAUGUGGAAAUGUUAAACACCACGGCCCUCCACCCGGACUACUUCCUCCUGAUGGGCGUCCCCGGUCUAGAGGAAUCCCACCUCCUGCUCUCCAUCCCGUUCUCUAUCAUGUAUAUCUUGGCUCUUACUGGAAACUCCAUGUUGAUCUUCAUCAUUGGAACCCAUGAGACUCUCCAGCAGCCCAUGUACCUGUUUCUGAUGAUGCUGGCCGCCUGUGACCUCCUCCUCAGCUCCACCACCGUACCCAAGACCCUCUGCAUCUUCUGGUUUAACUCUUACACAAUCUCCUUCACUGGUUGUAUUGCUCAAACAUUCUCCAUUCAUUUCAACUUUGCGAUGGAGUCGGCCAUCUUGGUGAGCAUGGCCUAUGAUCGGUACUACGCCAUUUGCCACCCUUUAUUGUACAUAACCACCCUCACUGGGUCCUUCAUAAGGAAGAUGGUCAUUUUGGCCCUUCUUAGGAACAUUUGUAUGAUAACUCCCUUUGUUUUUCUCCUACACAGAUUACCGUAUGAAGGCAGCAUUGUGAUAGAGCACACGUAUUGUGAGCACAUGUCCAUGGCCAGGCUCGCCACUGACGAUAUACUGGUCAAUGUAGUGUAUGGACUCGUCAUAGCCACUUGUUCUACUGGUGUAGACCUGAUUCUCAUAAUCAUUUCAUAUGUUGUUAUUGUCCGGACAGUUCUCACACUUCGGUCCUCAGACGCUCGUGUGAAGGCCUUCAAUACCUGUGUGUCCCACGUUUGUGUCAUCACCCUCUUCUAUAUACCGGCCUUCUUCUCUUUUAUAGCCCAUAGAGUUGGCCAUAAAAACAUCUCUGCCCAGUUCCACAUCCUCUUUGCCAAUCUCUACGUCAUUGUCCCUCCAAUGAUGAACCCGAUCAUCUACGGGGUGAAGACAAGAGAGAUCAGACAGCGGGUGGUGUCCACGUUCUGUAGAUAACUACUGGACGUGGCGAUGAAUGAUAACCUCAGAGCUGGACAAAUGAAGCUCUAAUAAUUCAUCACAACUCAAGUGAAUUUACAAAGAUCAUCCCACACGUCCCACAACAGUCUUGGCUGUAGGAUGUGUCUGGUGGACAUGUUUGUGGGGCUGAGAAGCAAGAACCUUCCAGGUGGGAUGGACACUGCUUCUGAAGAGUAGACCAUCUUUGUAAUGGUAGAUUUCUCAGUUUUAGGAAAUUAUCUUCCUUUAUUUGUUGAAGAUC